AAAAUCUCUUCUUAUAAAGCAUCUAUACAAAGUUAAUAAAUAAUAAACGAUUAGGCACAAUUUGGGUGAACAAUAAUAAAAAACACAGACACAAAUAAAAAGAAAAAAAUUAAUUUUCAUUAAACUUAAUUGACGUGACGCCAUAAACAAAACAAAAACCAAAGUUCAAUGAACGGAAACGAAAACCUUAUCUGUACGCUUCAUCAUCGUUUUGCACAAAACAAAAACAGCAAAACUGAACCAAGUACCCCGUGCCCUGCCACAAACAAUCAUCAUCGGCCUAAUUAAUUAUUGUAAAAAAAAAGCCCAGCAAAAACCUUACCUUCUUCACCGGGCGUAAUUACACAUUUCGGGGCGUAGGCGGGUAACCCUCGAACCCAGUUCGCUCGCUAAUUAAAAUGUCUACAACGUGUGAAAAUGGGGCGUUUUCCGGUUGACCUACCGACCGAUCCGUCGAUCGUGUGAUCUACAAUUUUUAAGCGAGUAACAUUGGGAACGUAAUAUGAACAUUUUUUUCUCUCUCUCUCGUAUGUGUGUGUGGGCCAUGUAUAUGUGCGUAACGCCCCUGUCUGUUCCGUUGGAUAACUCGCAGGUUGCACAUAAUUAAAGAAUAGAAAUUUUCACCCAUCUCGAAGGGCUGUGCAACGGUGUGGGGGCAAAAACUGUACCACGCACCAAAUGUCUUGUUUAAAAACGAACAGCAAAAGCUACCGAUUUGACAUGUAGCUUUCGAGAAGCUUAUUUCGAAACGAAAAAAAACCAGAAGAAAAACCCAUCCCUCAAUAAGGCCAACGAUGCGGUGAUAUAGUUUUGAACUGACAAAUAAAAAAAGGGAAAUCAGUGGGAGAUUUCCCAACACAAAAAAAACUGAUUCCACUUAAUACAGCAGAAGAUACUGAGGCACGCGACAAUUGACAGGAAACGGUUCAGGAAGGUCACAAAAAACCGCCUGCAACACAACCAUUGCUCGGAUUUUAGCUUGUGGCGCCCUUUUUAUGGUUUUGCAAAAAUGCGCUUCAAUUCGUUCCAUUCCGCCAAUCAAGUAACUGCUUGAAGCAACUACACGAGCGCGUGCCCAACAAAUCGGGAACUCUGCGUCGAUUGCGUAUCUCAACGAUAUAACCCUCUGCUGAACGGUCUUGAAAGCAUACUGGAGGGGAGGUAGAAAAAAGAUCUAACUCAAACAGCCGGCAGCAUGACAAGUCAAUUAAGCAACUAGAGUACGCAAAUGGAUCUCGAUCUGGAAUGGUGAUUCCAGAUCGACCUGGCAAAAAAAACCCGAUCGGAGGGUACCACGCUCGCGUACAAGGACGACCGUGGUUACGCUUCAGCUAGACCGGUAUGGCGAUGCUAGGAAGUAAUGAUUUGAUGUGUUACUUACCCGACGAAAAAGGGGAACGGAACGUAACAGCUGGCUGGUGCUGGUUUGACCUGAAAAUAACGCUCAACAUUUAGGUCGUCGAUCCUGGUCUGGGCAUGGUUGUCGUUCACUAACGCGGAAAAUGUCACCCAUUACAAAUUUACGGAGAUGACAGCAUUUAUUGUUUUACGCUUUCACUUACAUUGCUUCUCCGAAUACAAAAAAAAACUAGAAAAUUAAGUUAUCAUAUUGUUAAACUGUCUGUUAAAAGUUUGAAGAAUUAAAAACGCCCCUAAAGUGAGGAAGAACAACAAAAGACAAUUAGAAACGUUAAGUUCUAGUACAAACUACUCCAUUUCAUGCAAUCAUCACAAUCUAAAUAGACAUGAUCAACAAUAUAAAAACAUCCAAAAAUUAAAGCUAUUCAUCCUCCCACAAAAAGCCAAUUCUAGCUUGCAAGUGAAAAUUAAAACAUAAACCUCCUCAAAACUUCAUUUUACAAAACCCCUUUACCUCAUUAUCUUAUCAUAAUGGCAUCGAUAAACGGUGCGUUUUGACGAGUGUCCAAAUGUUACGCGCAAGAUAGAUACAGCGUGUCUUGAUAAGAAUGGGGAGUGCAAAGAAAAAAAUGAGGGAUGCUUUAUCCUCUAGCCGUGUUUGUCUGUUUUUCUCGUCUUUUCUACCUCAUUUGUUCCAAAGUUCUUUUUUCUGUUCGCCCAUUGCACGUAAUCUUGCCAUGAUCCACAAAAUCUACAAUGGCGUUUCUCAUCGUCAUCAUCAUCAUAAUUUUUAACAGCCAACACUAACCUAUAAUUUCGUUCUCUAUUUACCUUUUUUUCCCUCGUUCAUUUCACAGAACUCAACGUUUGGAGCGUCACCAUUGGAAAUAGCAAAAAAAAAAAACCAUUUUGUUCGCCAUCUUACUCCAACACUCUCAUCCGGAGUGGCGGUAAAAUCCGAUUGUACGGAACCGUUUUCAUUAUUCACCAGACCUCCGGCCCUUCCCAACCAAAAACUAUCGUGAGACAAUGUGGAACUGCUGUUAAGCCGCACAUCAGUUCGUGCUUCGAGUGUCUAACGUCACCUUUCAACUUUUUUUAUUUUUUGCUAAAACUCUGCAACUCCAUAAAACGUUUCACUUUGCUCGCACACGCUGGCGCAAACGGGGCCUGCCAGAACAUAAUUACCGAGUCGUGAAAAGUGUCAUUCCGGGGUUGCGCAUCCACAAUUUCGAUCCACAUCUCGUACGAUCGCCUGAAGAAGCCUUUAGCGAAAUGGUGACCUGUCAAAAGUGGAUGGUGCUGCUGGUGAGCUUGCAGUUGCUCAUGGUGGGAACGCUUGCGAUACCAUCGCCCAGCAGCACGAACCCAAAGCAGUCGGAAAUGGACGAUGCACCGAGCGUACAGCUCGACUCCGACACCGGUGACGAUCGUGAGCUGAAGAGUGAUGAUGACGGGUACGAUUUCCUUUCGAUCGAUCAACUCUUCCUCAACAAUCCACAGUAUCGACAGCUGAUCAGCGAUCUGCAGGCGCAUACGUUCGGUAGCAACUGGCGCCGGAAGCGUGACGUCGCCGAGCACGAGCUGCCGGAUGCGUUCCGGAGCGAGGAAGCGCUCAGUUCACCGCGAGCAUCCACCGUACCGACGACGACCACGGUAACGGCGACGGCUGCCAUUUCUUCUAGCACCGCCACCGAAACACUCGUGACCGAUGGGGCAACAAACCGGGACAUUACCUCCACUUCGACCACUUCCGAUCUGCCCAAAGCGGCCGCACUGACUGGCGCACCACCCACCAAGCAGAAGGAAUCACCGAAAGAAGUAACGAAACCUUCCACGGCCAGUUCGACCAGUGUGACUAGUAGCAGCAGCAGCCCCAGCAGUAGUAGUAGUAGUAGUACUACAUCCACAACUACGGCCACCUCAACCUCCAACCGGGGAAGCUCAACCGUUGCCACCAGUGCUGCUUACGGUUCGUCCGGAUCGACGGAUUUGCCCCUGGGUCGUAACGCUACAGUCGAGAUGACAACGGCAGCGGCACCGAUUCGUGCCAGUACGCCACGCCGCCUAUCGCACAAAAAUAGUUCGAACAAAAACAAGAACAAACUAUCGGCUGCCGCGGCUGCGGCACAAGCCAACAAACCGGCCACAAAUGCGAACGUCGGACCGAGCACGGUCAACGUGAACAAGGUCAGUAUCAGCAGCAAUGCAGUGGCGAGCAGCAGUAGCAACCAGAUCCCGCAGCAAACACCGCCAGCCGUUACGAUACCGGCACCCGAAAACGGAACUGCCACCGGACCGGUCGGGAACAAUAAAGACAAGACUGGCCUAGCACCGACCAAGUACCAUUACUAUCCGCACAAUCAGCAUAUCUACUUCCUGCCAGAAUGCGCCAUCCAGCAGGUCUGCAACGCUGUAUACGUCCGGCUCAACUACACCCAGCCACUGUGUGCUUGCCCACCGAGAUAUCGUGAUCCAUGCUCGGCUAGUCUGAACGAAGAUGAUAACCACACGAUCAAGCUCGUAGGCAAUCAGCAAAAGCGAGCAAUUACACUGGCGAAGACGUGCGAAAACACGAACGAGUUGCGCGAUUGCCGUGCACCGAAGGACUGGUCCAUUCUCGCGCUGCAAAACACACGAACCGGCAAGUCCCACUAUCUGGUUAUCUGCAAGUGCCCGCCACACUAUCGACUCGAGGGACCAUUGGCUCACGAUCAGCCAACGUACGCUGGACUGCCCGGUAUCAACGUGUACGGUAUGCUGUGCGUACCACCGGAAACCUCCAGCUACUACGCUUCCAAGCCGGCCAAAACGCCCGCCAACGUGUACAACAAGUGGAAGGUCCCAUCGCGACAGCCGGUGUCAUCGUACCGUGCAAACUCUGCCGCCAUCAAUGCUGCCGUUGAUACUGAAACCGAAUCCGUUUCACGGACGUACCAGAACACUACGGAUGCGGCAGCACUGGCCAAUGAAGCUUAAAUCGUUUCCACCGACUACUAUCGUGAGCAUGUGUGACUUAGCUUGCACGUCGGGUAGCGAAACCGAUCCAACAAAUGCUGAAAGCUACCCGUACCAUGCCACAUAGAAAGAGGAUCAUUCAGGAGCAGCGCAUGCUUGGCCUUAUAGUAUCCCACAACCGCGUAUAACUUAAUCAUCCUCAUUUCCAUUUCGAUCAUCGACUAUCCUUAGUUUGUACACCGAAAGCUUCCCAUUCCCAUCGAACUCGAAUGCUAUUUUCCAUUAUUUAUUUGUCGAUAGUUAAAUUAUUUUCGUACGCAAACAAACAAAAAACCUGGCGCCAGGUUAGUAGUCGUAACUAUCCGGUUUUUUUAAUCACACACAUCAUUCAAUUACACCACCACCAAUCGAACGGUAGCGACAACACAAAACGGUUCCGGAUCACGAUCGUACGAUCGAACAGACGAACGGUCGCCAUCUUGAAAUCGUUUUGCUACGGUCCGGUGUACGGUACAGCACAGGACAGGUGCUUUUUGAAACUGCGUGACCAACAGAGAGAAGGAGAGAAGUUAUGAACACACCGAAAAGGAUUCUCGAAAGCAUACCCAGUAUGGAUCUGAUCCGAUAUCUCUUUCUUUUCAUCGCUACUGCGCCCCAAACGGUAAGGAGUCUGGGACAGAAUUUUUAAUCUGAACGAAGGAUGUCGACGAUUAGCUACUGAUUCAAUGGGUAGCUUUUGUACAUCGUUUCGCACCACUAAAACAAAACUGGCGUGCCACCAGUGAUGGAAAGAACGAGAUCCGGUAGAUCCGGUAGCAGAUGAGCAGUUUCGAUCAUACGCCCUUGACUGUGCAACCAUCCCAUUCCUUUCCUAAAACUUGCCUAUUUAUUAAUAUUCUACUAUUUAUUUGUUUUAAAUUUAAAAUACAUAAAGCAAACGAACCCACUUCGCGAAACGAAGGGGGCUAAUAUAGUUCGGGCUGGCGUGCGCCAACAGAGGCCGCCUUUGUUCCGAACGCUUGGAAUGCGUACUGGAGAGUAGAUUUUUUUAACGAAUCCGUUUUGUUUUACAGUAGUAUUUAUGCGAAUAAUACUACGGAAAGUCCCCGAUAGGGAAUAUGCGAAAAAAGCGACAGGUAGAGGAACAAGAUUUUUCGUGUCCUUUUAUGUAAAUAGUUUUCAAACAUUUCCCCCACGCUUAACAAUCCAGAAUGGGGUAGGGUGGAUUGUUGAUAUAAGCAUAUUAACAUAAAGUAUGCUAAAUGUAGCAACCGAAACGGUCGUAUCGACAUGGAAGCGAUGGAAAAGUAAACGUAAUCGUCGAACGGAACGUAAAUCGUGAGGACGACAAAGGAAAGAUUUUACUAACACUUUUCUACCACUAUGUUAAUGCAAGAAAACGGUGAGAAAGAGAGAAAGAAAAAUUGAAACAAAUAAUUAAACUAGUAAAAAACAAAAAACCCACACACUAUUUAAUUACAACGCUAGAAACGUAAGAGUAACGUAACAUUAGUAACAAUAUUAUUAAUAAAAAGCGAUAUACGAAAAACAAGACCCCAAUGUUUCACGUUUUUAAAUGAAAAUGCUACACAAACAUCCCUAAUGAGGAUAAAGCGUUUGCCGUCAUGUCUUUCAUGACAAGAACUAAACGAACUUGAAAGCAACAAUCGGCAACGAUUGUCUCGUCUAAUGAAACGUUCCGAAUACGGAGGGGUUAUCAUCAAACAACUAAUUCUGUUCAUACAACUUCGCACCCGUUGGCCACAGCACGGAGAUCGCAACCACCGCAACACGUAGUCUUGCGAAAGAAGGUUUCUGUGUCGGUUCAAAUUCACUCCGUGAUGUUGCGCUAUUUGAGUACGUUUAUCUACAGUAUUUUACUGCUUGCGUAUAUUUUCAACAACGAAGGUAAGAAUCGCAAUGGCGGCCCUUGCUUCCAAUAAAACGCUAGCUCCUAUUAAAACCUUACUUUUCUUUCAGCUGAUGGAUUAAGUUGCAAAUUCUGUCAGGCGAUCAACAAUUACAACAAUUGCAUUAGUACGGCCGGGUUGGUCGAAUGUAACGAUGCUUUAGUUAACAUGACUCAUCUCUUGCUGAACCCACACAAUCCAUCCCUGGGAAAGGUGUCCCCGGUCAGUCAGUAUCAGUGCUUCCAGGUAAACUACACUACGAACGGUGUAUGGAACUAUCACAUGAGUUGUUCCUUUGCCGGCAGUAACAUAUGUACAGGCUGGAAGGUAUUGAGUCAGUGUAAGGUUUCGAACAGCAAUGAAGGACAGAUUUCUUCCGUUAAAAUGUCAACACCCCAAGUGCUGACUUCAUCAGUAACUCCAAACGGUAUAUCGAAAAGCGUUGGCGGGAAAAUUUCGACACAGUCAGCAAAACUUUCUCCUUUGGGCUUUUCGACUACGACUACCGUGAGUAUAGCGAUACAAUCGAACAGUUCAUCUGUUAGUUCCACCUUACCGCCUGAAAACACCAAGGAUUCUAACAAACGAAAAACACCCUCGAAGGCAAGCGUGUUGUCAUUACAGCUGGAAGUUCUGGUAAUGUUCUGGCUCGCCAUUCUACUUUUGAGGCAAUACUAAGCUCUAUGCUGUACACAACUUAAGGAAAUAAUAAAUUCGACUGAAAUUAAGCACUUUAUCUCUUCUUAAUGUAUUUUUUAUG